AUGCAGCGACCUGAAAUCCGUUCACGACAAGGCCGCACUUGCGACUACACGAGCGAUUUUCGAUGGGCGCCCGUCAACGACGUGUUUGUUAUCUCUGACACUUCGUUCAACAGAGCUACCAAAAGAAUUGAUCAAGGUGGGAGAAGGAAAAUAGCGCAAAGUCGGGGUCGACAACAGCGCAUCCGUGCCCGAGUGCAACAUGCACAGCAAAGCGAUAUCAGCCCUGAGGUCUUGAACCAACGCCAAAUCGAAACAGGAGCCCUCAAUCAAGGCCAGAGCCCAAACUCCUGCGCGGCGCUUUACGAAAACGACAGCCAACCUCGACCAUCAGAAAGUGACCACCGAGGUAGGCUUCGUUCUAGACCCGUACCGAAUUUAGAUACGCCGCACACGUCCUUAUCCUUUGUUGACUCUGCCACUACAAGCCAUCAAAUGCCUUCGCCACAGGAUUACGAGGUCUCGACUGAAGAUAACAACGACGUGAGCCUAUGUUUCAACGACAUUCCAGAUGUGCAGUUCGACAGCAAUUGGUUGAACGAAUUUGUGAUAGAUCAGGAUCUGUCGACAUUAUUCGCCCAACAUAAUGAUCCAGGAGACGGCACAAGCGAGCCAUUGGUGCCGGAUCUGAUGAAUGUCGAGUGGAUGUCCGUUCUAGGUAGCACCGAAGCAUCGUCAGAAAUUAUUGAAAGCGAACAUGAGACCAACAGACCGAGGUCUAGUGGCGGUCUAGCAUUUGGUGCCACCAACACCUUUCAUUUCAGCCAAGGACCGCUGGCACCAAGCCUCGCCAUCUGUACCGAGGAAAUCAUGUUUAACUAUUUCAUGACCGAUGCUUCUCCUCGGAUCCCAGCUCUUGAUAGCCCUGGAAAUCCAUUUCGAGAGCUUUGCAGAGUUUCCAUAGGCGACCUGCGAGUUAUGGAAGAUCGUCGGUCACAAGCUUUGAGAUCGUUGCGGAGUAUGGAACGAUUUCUCCGGAUUUUUGACACCACCGAAGAGUCGUCUUUAUCCAUAGAGAAUCAUGCCUUUUCAGUCCUAUCACUGAGAGAAGUUACUCUUGCAGCAUAUCUCAUCCACAUCGCCUCGGAGGCUAUGACUGGUGGCCUCACGACGGACACACAUCUUCGGAGUGCCUUUAAACUGGUGGUUGAACUACGAUACAUCGACAAAAUGCCUAAAGGUUUCUAUUCUCGCUUCUUGGUGCAGCGAUUUGCCAUGAUUGACGUCAUGUUGUCUCUCUUGCGGCGCCGAAAACCCCUCGCACCCAAAUCUUUCAUCCUGUAUCAGCAACAUGAGGAAGCUGACACUCUGGGUGGGGUAUCUACCAGUAAACUCAGCAGCACACCUGUGCUGUCUGAGAAGACUGCGCGCCUUGUAGACACGUGGUCCAAGCACAUCAGGGGAGGGUUCCCGACCCUGCCAGUUGCUGUUGAAUCAGCUAAGGAUCAUACCAUCACCGACGUAGAUGGUAAGGAAUAUAUCGAUUUCAUUGGGCAAUUUGCCGUCAUGAACUUUGGCUAUUCUCAUCCCAAGAUCGCCAAGGCAGCUGUGGACCAGAUCUACAAGAUGCCGCUAAGUGGGACGGGUCACAUCAGCCCGUUGUACGUGGAAUUCGCAGAGCGGCUCACUAAUAAAUUCGGGUUCGAUUCCAUUGCGACUAUGCUGAGUGGAUCUGAGGCAGUCGAAUCGGCUGUCAAGAUCGCUCGCAAAUGGGCUUAUCUCAAGAAAGGCAUACCCCAGGAUCAGGCUCAUAUUCUCACGGUUGACCAAUGCUAUCACGGUCUGACACUAUCCACCAUGCCUAUGGCCACAGUUUCCCAGAAACAUUUCGGACAACAUCUUCCCAACGUGGGACCAUAUGCCCCUACAAGCGGCAAGCUUGUCCCCUUUGGAGACAUAGAUACUUUGAGAGAAGUAUUUGAGGAGGAUGGUGAGAGACUUGCUGCAUUUUUCGUGGAGCCAGUCCAAGGAUGGGCGGGAACCGUUGUUCCUCCCAAGGGCUACUUGAAGGACGCACAAGACUUGUGCAGAAAGCAUAACGUCCUCUUAGUUUGUGAUGAGAUUCAGGCUGGCUACGGGCGAACUGGAAAAGACCUUUCCUUUCACCACGAACCAGAACUUGAGCCCGAUAUGGUGACCCUUGGCAAAGGGAUCGCGGGAGGAUACUACCCCAUGUCUGUAGUUAUGGGCAAGAAGCAUGUCAUGGAUCUGCUGAAUAAAAGCGAAGUUCUUUCAACCUUCGGGGCCUCUCCUAUUGCUCUCUCCGCUGCUCUUGCUACUCUAGAUGUUCUAGAAGACGAGAAGAUCUCGGAACGUUCUGAACGUCUUGGAAUACUUCUGGAGAAGACAAUCAAGGAGCUCAACCCCCCGCACGUUAAGGAGCUUCGGGGAAUUGCGCUUUUCCAAUCCUUGGUUCUUGAUCAGAGUGUACCGGGCGUCACCCCUCGAAGAGUCCAGGCUCUUGCUGCCCAUUACGGUGUGCUUGUCGGUAUUGGUGCGGAUCGGUUGAGAUUUAGCCCACCUUUGACAAUUACAGAGGACGAUUUAGUUAAGGCUCUUCAUAUUAUAGCUCAGUGCUUGGAGGAAGUCACGCGUUUGGGGGACUUUGCCGGAAGCGAGUUUCUCAAUUAG